UUCCAAGUAAAUUAAUUUUCUGAAAGUUAAAUUCAAAAAUACCAAAAUAUGCUUCAUAUUUGAGGAAUGGUCGUAUUCAUUUCUCACUGGGUUAUAUGGUUGUGAUAUUCGCUAGGUAUGUGGCAACCGCAUUUUAAAACCAUUUGGAGGUUCAAAUAAUAAGUGUCUUUCUUAAGCAAAAUAAAAUUGAGUCGUUAGCGCUGCCAAGCAACUAAAAUUUUGGUUUUGUUUUGACGUUUGCUAGCUCAACUGUUGAAACGUAAAUAAUAAAACAACAAACAAGAUAAAUAGAAAUGACAAGCAAGAAAACAUAAAUUAAAAACUUGUUAAUAAUAGACGGACAAGUGCUUGAUAAGAUAUUAAAGCAAACUAACCAGUCCAUAAAAACUUGUUUUCGAUAAACUAAAAUAGUUCAUUAUUAACUGCGGUGCAUAAAAAUGUUUGCUGUUCCCGGUCGUGCAUUGCAUUUCGUAUUUAAAAUUGGAAAUCGUGCAAAGAAUGCAUUCUUCUUCCGAAAUAUACUGGGCAUGGUGGUGCUGCGUCACGAGGAGUUCACGGAAGGUUGCCCCGCGCAGUGCAAUGGGCCCUAUGACAAUCGCUGGAGCAAGACGAUGAUUGGUUAUGGCCCAGAAUCGUCGCACUUUGUUUUUGAAUUGACCUACAACUACGGCGUCACCAGCUAUAAUAUAGGAAACGAUUUUGGUGGUGUAGUCAUAAGAUCUCAGGAGUCACUGCUGCGUGCAGUACAACACAACUAUCCGAUAUUAGUAGAGAAUGAUGCGAAAGUCCUCGUAUCACCAGAUGGUUAUAAAUUUUAUAUAUCAGAAGAACCACAACCAAGUAACGAAGAUCCAGUGGCAGAAAUUACUCUGCAUACAAAUAAUUUGGGUAUUUCCAAGCUCUAUUGGAGUGAGGUGUUGACCAUGAGUAUGUUGGCUGAAAGCGAAAGUUUUAUAAAACUUGCUUACGGUCCCGGUCAGGCCAUAUUACAACUUAAGUUUUUGCCAGUGCCAAUCAAUCGGGCCAGUGCUUAUGGACGCAUAGCAUUUGCUGUGCCACUCAACAUACAACCGGCAAUCGAUGCAAGAAUUAAGGAUAUUAAUGGCACUAUUCUAACGCCAUUGACUACUUUGGACACACCCGGUAAAGCUACAGUGCGUGUUAUUAUACUCGCCGAUCCCAGUGGGCAUGAAAUAUGUUUUGUCGAUGAGGAAGGAUUCUCUGAAUUAUCACAAGUUGAGACAGGAGCAACUCAAGCACUCGAAAAAUACAUCAUGAAGGAUCCUUUCCAGUUACAUUAAAAAGCGUGCGAAGUGAUUUUGGUUAAAAUAUUUUAAACUUCUUUGAUUUUUAUACAAAAUUUUUUUUAAAGGAUACAGUAAACACAUCCUUUAAAGAAUGUUUUGUAUAUCUUGGAAGGUUAACUUAAAUACUUAAAAUUUCUUGUGAUGAAAUAUGAAUUUUGGAAAUUAUUUAGUUAUCAGAAAAAUAUGUUAAUGUUUAUAAAUGAAGAUCUAUUGUAGAAUUUAUGAAUACAGUAUAAAUCCACGUAGCUAUUGCGCUACAAAAUUGAAUGUAAUCUUUAAGAUAUAUUGAAAUUAUUCGCUACUAUAUCUUUGUUAUAUCCUGAACAUGUUAUUACCAAAAUUAAAAUAUAUUUAAAU